AGACCCAGACGCUGGUGUUAAUGGUCAAGUUCAUUACAGUUUGGCAAACUUCAACAAUCUUUUCCGAAUCACGUCAAACGGUAGCAUUUAUACAGCAGUUAAACUGAACAGAGAAGUACGGGACUAUUACGAACUUAUUGUUGAAGCAACAGACGGAGCUGUGGACCCCCGCCAUUCAACAUUAACUUUAGCGAUCAAGGUGCUGGAUAUUGAUGACAACAGCCCUGUUUUUACUAAUGCUUCCUACACUGUCUGCGUGCCAGAAAAUCUACCACCAGGGACUGUCUUCCUGCAAAUAGAGGCGAAGGAUGUUGAUCUUGGUUCUGAUGUUAACUAUCGAAUACGGACACAGGAAGCGCUACAGUAUUUUGCACUGAACAAGUAUACAGGCGAGUUAUCGCUUCUGAAGUCCUUGGAUUAUGAAUCAUUCUCUGACACAGAAGCAACCUUCACCUUUCUUGUGGAAGCCUUUGAUAGUAAGGGCACUAUGCCUCCUGGUCUUGCUACUGUCACAGUGAGAGUAAAGGAUAUGAAUGAUUACUCUCCAGUCUUUAGCAAAAAGCUCUACAGGGGAAUGGUUGCUCCUGAUGCAGUCAAGGGCACCGUUAUCACUACCGUUUCAGCUGAGGAUCAAGAUCCUCCGGGCACGCCAGCAAGUCGAGUCCGAUACAAAGUAGAUGUUGUCCAGUUUCCUUACAGCGCCAGCAUUUUUGACGUGGAUGAAAACUCAGGACGUGUAGUAACCCGAGUAAACCUAAACGAAGAGCCAAGUACAGUGUUUAAGCUAGUGGUCAUUGCGUAUGACGAUGGGGAUCCUGUGAAGUUCAACACCACCACCGUAGAAAUAGCUGUACUGCAGCCUUCGGUAAUUCCACGUUUUACGCAGGAUGAAUACAGACCCCCGCCGCUGAGUGAAAGUGCACCAAAAGGAACUGUGGUCACAGUUGUUACGGCGGCCGCCUUGAACCAGACAAUUGUAUAUUCAAUUGUUUCAGGAAAUGAAGAGGAUGUGUUUGCUAUUAACAACAGAACAGGCGUGAUCUCAGUUAAAAAGUCUCUGGAUUAUGAAAGCGUGAAAAGUUACGAGCUUCGAGUCCAAGCAGACUCCUUACAAGUGGUACGAUCCAACCUGCGUGUCCCUUCCAAAAGUAAUACAGCCAAGGUAUUUAUUGAAGUGAAGGAUGAAAAUGACCACGUGCCUGUCUUCACCAAAAAAAUGUACAUUGGAGGAGUGUCUGAAGAGGCCAAAAUGUUUUCUUCUGUGCUUAAGGUUAAGGCUCAUGAUAAAGACACUGGGAAUUACAGUGCCAUGCAGUACAGACUCAUCAUUCCACCAAUCAAGGAUGGUAAAGAAGGUUUUGUGAUUGAAGCUUACACAGGGCUAAUAAAAACUGCUAUGCUGUUCAAAAACAUGAGAAGAUCCUAUUUCAAGUUUCAGGUCAUUGCAACUGACAAUUACGGAAAAGGACUGAGCAGCAAAGCAGAAGUACUUGUGUCUGUGGUCAAUCAGUUGGAUAUGCAAGUCAUCGUCUCUAAUGUUCCUCCCACCCUUGUGGAACAAAACAAAGAUCAACUCAUAAGGAUUUUGGAACGCUACGUCCAAGAUCAGAUUCCCGGUGCAACGGUUGUGGUGGAAUCUAUCGGUGCGCGGAGGUUUGGGGAUGGGUACUCUGAAGAGGAUUACACCAAGUCUGACCUCAUGGUCUACGCAAUCGACCCGCAAACAAAUAGAGCUAUAAUGAGGAAUGAACUUUUUAAGUUCCUGGAUGGCAAACUGCUGGAUAUCAAUAAAGAGUUUCAGCCGUACCUGGGGCAGGGGGGACGCAUCCUGGAGAUCCGCACCCCAGACGUGGUAGCAAACGUCAAGAAGCAGGCGCAAGCCGUCGGCUACACGGAAGGCGCGUUACUUGCUCUGGCCGUCAUAAUCAUCCUUUGCUGUAUGCCAGCUAUUUUAAUAGUUAUGGUCAGCUACAGACAGCGACAGGCUGAAUGCGCAAAGACUGCGAGAAUCCAGAUGGCUUUACCAGCAGGCAAACCAGCAAGCACCGCUGCCAAUAACCUCUAUGAAGAGCUUGGCGACAGCACCAUGCGAGGAUAUGCACAGCAAGAGCAACAGCAGUUGCUGAGACCUUCUCUUCUCAGACCAGAGGAGUUAAGUAUGGAGUCUGGAAUUGAUCCAGGGCAGGAAUACUAUGGGCAAGAUUACUACAGUUAUGAGCAUGGGUAUGAACUGCCUCAGUAUGGGAGUCGCCGCCGAUUGCUGUCUCCUUCAGGGAUGUACGAUGAGUAUGGGGAAGUUGUGGUGGAGAAUGACGGUGGCUACUACUAUAGUCCGCAUGGAUCGACAGCAGAAGAGUGGGCCAGAAAGAAAAGGAUCAAGCUGAUAGUCGACCCAGAGUAUGAGACCAGCUCCACUGGAGAAGACAGCGCUCCCGAUUCCAGCCAGAGGAAUCGUAUUAGUAACCCGAAUAUUCAAAACAACAUCAACGGUAACAUCUACAUUGCACAGAAUGGCUCUGUUGUCAGAACCCGUCGUGUUUGCCUUGGUAAUAAUUUAAAAGUCACAUCUCCAGUGAGGCUGGGGAAACAAUUCAAGAAACUGGACAAGCUUGCAGUGACACAUGAGGAGAGUGUCCCACUGAACACGUUGUCAAAGGGACCGUCUUCUAGUGAUAAAAUGAACACAAGACCUUGCAGUGUCUCAUUUGCUUCCUCUACUAUAGGGGCUGAAAAUAUAGUAACGAAGCCAGGAGGCUCCAAAAUGAAAAGCACAGAAGAGCAAGAAUCGGUUCUUGAUAACGAGGAUGUCAAAGAGCCCUUGGAGUCGCACAGUGAACACACACAGUCAGAUGAAGAGGAGCUCUGGAUGGGCCCUUGGAACAACCUUCACAUACCAAUGACAAAACUGUGAUUUUAUUUUAUUUUUUAUUUUAAUUUUUACUUCAGUUUAUAAUAAACUGCGCUUUUUAUUGUCACUGAGGAAAAUGUAUGAAAUUUGUAUUGUGCACAUACGUUGUAUACUACAAACAACACGCUUUAAAGUUUAAAAACAAAAUUUGCACUCACAUUUGUACCAAUUAAUUGUCCUCCCCAACAACUAUUUUGACAGGCUCCCAUUUCACUAAACAAUACUUCAUUUAAAUUAAUCAGGUUUUCGGGAUCUUGAUUUAUUGUUUAAUAAACAGUAAACUACUAAUAAAUCCACAGCAACAUUUGGUUAACUUUUCAGACACUUCUAUACAUGCCUAGCUUGUUUUUCUGUAUGGUACUUGUGGCUAUACUGUUUAGAUUUGGAAAUUGUCUAUUUAUGUUCAAGAUUUAUAUCCAGAGCUCUUUAUUCUGAACUCAGAGUAAUGAAUUAAAAAUAAAUCCAUG